AGCAUUUAAUAUUCACAAGUGGCAAGCAACGGGUCGUAUACGAACGCCGGUUGUUUUUUUUUUGGAAAAAAUUGUCGCGUCGGUUUUUUUUCCUUUAAAAAAAAACCAUUUAUUUAUUAUCUAAGAAAACGAAACUAAAGCUUGUUCAACAAGCUUUUUGCUUAUUUUUUGAUUGAAACGAAAAGUAACGACAAGUUAAAUUAAAUAAAAAUAACUUUAACUAAAUUAUUAAAAAAAGUGAAAAAAAAACAAAUUAAACUAAGAAUUUUUUUGAUUUAGUUUUAAAACGAAAAAUCCUCGCAAUUGUUUUUGUUUGAGUGUAUGUAUGUGUUCUACAAGUUAAUAAGAAAAUAAAACGACAAAUAAAAUUUUCAAACAUUCUUAUAUCCGUUUCCGUUUGUUUGUUGAAAUCCCGUUUUUAUUCUGCUGUUUUAUGUUUGAAACUUAAAACCGGAAGUUGAUACGCUAAAGCAUCAAGCAAAAACAAACGAAUAUCGUGCACAGUAGAAUCCUUGUCGUUGUCAUCAGCAACAGCAUCAUAGUCGUCGUCAUUAAUAUUGUCAUCAACAUAAAUCCAACCAACCAACCAACCCGACAAUCAACAACUUUAAGGAUUAACAGUGUUUUGUGACUUUUUUUCUCUUUGCAACCCGUAACAAAUGAUGUUUUUUCGCUUUACGCUGCUAACAGCGCUGUUAGCGUGCUCAACGCAUGCCAUACAAAUCAAACCUUCUUAUGGACCACCACCACAACGUCUGCCUCAUCGUGAGUAUGGUGUACCACAACAGAUGCCAUUCCGUGAAUAUGGACCACCAGCUUUGAAAUAUGGACCUCCCAAAUUAAACUUUAUUGGUGGUAGCGGCUCAUCGUUUUCGGGAUUACAUGAACAAAUCAAAAACCACUAUGGUGCUCCCAAACCUUUUUACGGACCUCCCCAUAAGCCUCAACAGCAAUAUGGUCCUCCUCCAACACAACAAUAUGGUCCACCACCACCAAAACCAAGCAAUAAUUAUGGACCACCACCACAAAAAUUGCAACAUAAACCAGCUCCCUCUUAUGGACCACCCAAGCCUCAGUAUGGACCUCCACCACCACAAGCAUUGCCUUUGUUCCAACCUGCUCCACAAUUUAAGCCUCAACAUCAACCAGCCACUUCCUAUGGACCACCUCCCUCGGGACCUUUGAACAUACCACCCAAGCAGAUUUACGGUCCACCACCACCAAACUAUGGUCCACCACCAUUGCCCAAUUUCAAUCGUGUUCCUGAGACCACUAUUAUUCUAUCAGGUUCACAAAACUCCCAAAGUCAUCACCAGCAAAGCCAACAUCAUCAACAGCAGCAACAACAAGUGCAAAUACAAAUUGAUGCCUCUGGUCAUACUCACUCCGUAGCAGGAUCUCAGGCUCCCUUCCAUACCGCCUGUGAUGGUUGGAAACCCAUUCCUGCUCCUGUAGGAUCUUAUGUCGAAAACAAUCAUAUUGAUACUCAAUCUGGUUACAGUCAUGUUGCCCAAGGUUCUGCACAUUCUUCUUCUGCUUCUUCUUUCUCUACAACUCAGUACAGCGGUGGAGCAAGUGCUGCCGGUUAUGCCAGUGUUGGUGCUACUGGUGCUGGUUCUACUGUCUUAGUUAGCGGUUCUGGUUCGGGUGGUAGCAGUAUUAUUGAUGGUUUAUCCGAUGAACAAUUAGUAGCUGUAGCUUUGCAAUCGGGCAGUUUGGAUGGUGAUAAUGUAGUGCAACAGCAAGAUGUUUUACCCUCGACUGGACCAGCAGGAGAUUUUAAUCAACAUGGUUUGAAUUCCUUAGAAGCUGAAGCUUUGCAGCUCUCUUUGGGUUCCAUUGAUGAUUCCUAUAACAAACCUCCUUCAGAUUCUUAUGCUCCUGGUUCCAAGUAUGCACACAAAUUCCAACAACAGUCUAAUUCUCACAGCAGUUUUGGCAUUAGCGGCUCUGGCGGUAACUUUGGACCUCCACCACCACCCAAUGGCAAGUAUGGUCCUCCACCCCCACCCAGCGGUAACUAUGGUCCUCCACCACCACCUAAUGGCAACUAUGGUCCUCCACCACCACCUAAAGGAAACUACGGACCGCCACCACCACCCAGCGGUAACUAUGGUCCUCCACCACCACCACCCAGCGGCAACUAUGGUCCUCCACCACCCUCCGGUCCAGGUGCUGCUGCUUUUGUUCAUCAUCAUGCUCAAGCCGGUUUAGGUAUUCAAUAUGGCAAACAAUCUGGCAACUUGGCUAACUUCCCUGUACAUGGCGGUGCUCAACCCAGCAAACCUGUAGCCUUUAGACCUCCUGUACCUCAGGGACUUUUCGAAACUAUCGGCGCCACUGUUCAACAUUUAGAUAAAUUUGGUGUUAAGCCUCAUGUACAAGCACCUACAUAUAUUCCUCCUGCCGCCAAUGAAAUUCCACAAACUGGUCCUGGUAAUUUGAAUAUUGAAUAUGGUGUGCCACCACAACAGCAACAACAACAAAUACCUCAUGAUAUUAUUGAACAACAGUUGCCCCAACAACAGCCUCCACAAGUUUUUGUACAAAUUGAACAGCAACAACAACAUCAUCAUCAACAACAGCAACAACAACAUUUCCAACAGCAGCAACAACAGUUUGGUAAUGCUCAUGCUGAAUAUGGCGUGCCUCCACCACCACCACAACCUCAAUAUCUACCUCCCGCACCACCAGCCGAACAAUACUUGCCACCCACAGGUCCUUCACAACAACAAUUCAAUGGUGGUGCCACAUAUACAUCAAGUGCCUCCGCCACUUUUGAUAGUACAGCAUAUGCUGCCUCUCAAUACAAUAAUGAAAUUAUACAUGCUCAAGCUUUACCUUUGCAACAAGAACAACCACGUUUCCACGAUUGCGGACAUGGACCCAAUUUAGUAGGAGGUGGUGCCAACUUCAACUACCAACAACAGCAGCAACAACAACAAUAUUCAUCGGGAUCCAGCACUUCCAUUGCCCAAAGCAUUCCUGUAGCUGAACAACAUACACAAUUCAUCUCAGGACCCGCCUCCAGUUACAGUCCACCACCUUCCGGUGGUAACGAACUUGAUCAUAUUGGUUAUGCUUCAGAAAAGUCACAAGUUACCGCUUUGCCUGAUGGCACCAAUCCUGAAGGUUUACCCGGUUUAGAUGGUCUUAAUGUACUCUCCGCCCAAAAGUCGCAAGCCAUACAUUUCAGCCAUCAGGAACACACCACCAACAAUGGUCAAACCUAUCAAGUACAGUUUGGUGGUAAUGGUGAACAGUCCGCUAAUCAUGAGGAAAUCUUAUCUUCUGGUCUCUUGCAAACAAUUCUCAAUGCUGUCGAACAACCCCAACAACAACAUCAACCUUUGCCUGCCAAUCAUAAGGCCGAAAGUAGAUCAGAUAUUGAUAUUCAUGAUGAACCUAUAGAGGCAGAAGAUGAAAAUGAACCCGGUGUAGCUCCUCAGGAAUCCAAAAAGGUUGAAGUAAAAGUACGUCCCGAUGAUGAGAAAGAAACUCCCGCAGUUGUUAAGGAAAUUGAUCCCAUUGUGGUAAAGGAAGAGAAUGAAGCUAAACAUUAAUUCCCACAAAAGUGUGUUAAAGAGAAAAUACAUAUAGGAGAGUCUAAGAAACUCUCUUCAGUCACUAUUAACUUUCUCUUUUAGUUACUCUUUUUUUAAAAUUUUUCGUUUCAAAACCAUUAUUUUUAUUUAUUUCAUUUUAGUUUUUGCCCCUUUUAAUUUAAGCUCAUUACUUUAACUCAAAUACUAGUAAUUUUAUUUAUUUCUCAUUAUAAAUAUGUAUGUCGUUAUUAUUUAAGUUAAAUAUUUUAUUUUAGUUUCAAAUU